CACAAAAUGUGCUGUUAAAAUGGGAUGCUCAAUUAAAAAUAACGUUGUGUUACAAUAAUAUUAAAGUGUCGAAGCAGUGUUUAACGUGUAGAAGAUCGGUUAGGCAUAACUGAAUAGGAAGGGAUGGAGUAGUGGAAUUAAGUCGGAGCGUGGGGAUGGCAUGGGAUCCGAGUGACAACGGACGAGGUUGUACACGACCGUACACAAAGAGCUCUUACAACGUAGCGUGAUAAGCUCUAACCCGCUUGUAGCAUGUGAGACGACACGUCCUACACAAUGUCGCGGUGGGACUGAUUGCCUGCAAGGGAGGGGCUUGGCCCUUCUGCCAAUAGGGUCCGAGGAGGCGGUGCUGCGGUUUGCUAUGGCAGCUUGCAGCAAUAGCGCACAAGCAUGUUAACAAGUCGUCCGAUCUCGGAUGUUAUUUCCGGCCUCUACAUUGAGAAAGGGGGUACGGGGGGAGAUGGAGAGAAUGUUUCGUAGUUGUCGUCGACAACGUUUGCUACAAAACCCCAAAGUGAGAUGCCAUGUCGUGGAUGUUGUCAGAAGUAAGCCCGAGGCUCUGUCUGGAUCGAGUCGGUUGGUCCCGUGUUAAGUGUGGAGAAUACAUUCCGUGUAUGUAAAUAGUGGAACUAAGUUUAAACCUUCGUAUAUUCCGGCGCUGUUUUUCUAACACACAAAAGUGCUGAUCGACCGAACUUACUACUUAUUCCCACCUUCGUGGGGUGCAGGAGUAUGUCAUACACCCAGUUUGGUUACACUUACUCGCCGUCUUCUCAAAUAUUAAUGACAGGACAGACUAGUUGCUGCGAGACUAAUCAGAACGGAAUGGCUGCAGAUCCUCAUACUGCACAAUCGCCUACUGUUUGCUCUCUACCAGCAGCUUACGAUUCGAGAUUGCUCUCUACUUAUCCACGUCUCGCAACUGGUUUAACUGUCUAUGGCUCGACUUAUGCCGAUCAAGCUGGAUACGUAGCAGCACUUGGAAGCCAUCCAACAUCGUUCUAUCCAACACUGUCAUCUCCUUAUGAUCUGAAGGACGGAAGAACAACGUGGCCUACAUUACCUCAAGCUGCGUGUUACGCUUACGACACAACAGCACUAACAAAUUACGGACCUUAUGGAGAUAGGUACGAUGCUAUGGAUAGUGCUGCAAGAAGGAAGAAUGCUACUAGAGAAACGACCAACACGCUUAAGGCAUGGUUAUACGAACACAGAAAGAAUCCUUACCCCACUAAAGGGGAGAAGAUCAUGUUGGCUAUCAUCACUAAAAUGACUUUGACUCAAGUUUCGACUUGGUUUGCUAAUGCCAGGAGGAGAUUGAAGAAGGAGAACAAAAUGACUUGGGAACCGAAGAAUAAAACAAGUGAUAUGGCUGAUACGGAUGAUAAAUCUGAAGGAACUCAGACAGACGAUGAAAUAAAUCAAGAUAAAGAUGAUGGUGACAAAUCGGUCAUUAAAAACAAUAAUAGUAACGAAGUGAAAAAAGAAGAGUCGGAUAAUGAGAAAACUUCCGAAGAAGCCCCAAGAGAUAAUGAUCGAAGCAUUUCCACUUUACUACCCUUGACCACACCAAACUGUCAGGUGAGACUGAACGAAUUUGGCAACUCUUCGACCCCACCCAUGACCAAAUUGACACCGGAACUUCCGGUGACCGAGAAGCCAAAAAUUUGGUCCUUAGCUCAGACGGCCAUAUCAGAUACUGUUCCUACACGCAAAAUGGCCUUCGAUGUGCCAGCUACUUCCGACCUGAAUUACACAGAAAGGACACCCUCUGUGUCACCAUCUUCCACUUCCGGUUACUGGACACCGACCGGAAGUCUUCGUUCUGUGGAGCAGACUUCGGAGAUGGCCAUUCAGGAGGAUAAUUCGGCAGUGGGACCAAGAUUGGCUCCUCUACCCUCAUCGGUAACCAUGGAUUAUAAUUCUAGAUUACAAUUCCCGGUGAAGAGCCAAGAAUCUGUAGAUGAUAUGAAUAACGAUGCUACUGUCAGGACUUUUGUAAAUGGGACUAAGUAUGGCACCUCUCCAGCUCUUUUAAGGUUUCCUCCAAAUUAUCAUCUGGAUGCUUCUUUGACGCCUCCUUCUACAAGAGCCAGUUCUCUAGGAUGGUUGAUGCCAGAUCAGAAAGAAAGAGAAAUAAUUAGGGAUACGAGAAGCUAUGUUACACCUCAUCAGGUGCCAGUCACAAUAGGGGACACAACGGCCUUCAAACCUGUUAGUAGAAGCGAACAACCAAUUGUGUAAAAACAAAUUCAUCAUUGUGAAGAAUCAUUCUGUGUGAUUUACACGAUUUAAGUUAUGUAAUUAAAAUUUUAGUUGGAUCUGAUAUUAUAGAAUAUGGUGCCAAUUACGUAGGCCUUCGACAUCUCUCUCUUUCUCUAUGGCUCUACGUGUAAGAUGUGAUUCAGGAGACAAGAGCAAAGGCCUAUUUAACUUUGACAAAUUAGAAAUGAACAAUGAUAUAGAAACAGACUUUAAGAAAUAAACAAAAGAAAAAAACAAUGAAUCUCUACAUUUACCUGUUACGUUUAGUUUCUUCUUUGUGAUGCUUCAAAAUGCAGCUAUCUUGUGUGAAGAAUGUGGAGAGAGUAGCUCGCUAGACACGCACCAGGAUGCUGUACAUGUGCACAAACUAUGGCCAAAUGAACAGUAAAAAAAAAGAAAAAUAAUAAUAAAAGAAAAUUAGAAAGUUUCGGUAUAUAGGACAGAAUUAAAGAACUGAAAGAUUCGAUAUAAAUAUAAAUAAAUAUAUAUAUAAAUAUACGAAUAUAUAUAUUAAGAAUGGAAGUUGAAGAUAGAAGAGUUGUUACUUAUUUUCUGAAAGUUUAACUUCAGAACGCGUUUUUGGGAAUUUAAAACGUGACAAAAGCUUAAAACAGUAACUAAAUUCUUUAAUUUUUUAAAAUUUUAUUUAUUAUUUUAAUGUUUAAAUCGAUUAUUCCAACUGCACACACACACACAAAAACACUGACACACACACACACACACACACACAUACAUACACACACGCAAAAAUUCGAUCAUUUCGAUACAUUUAAAUUAAAAAACAAAAAAAAAAUCAGAAUUAUUUCAAAUUUUUACGAGAAAAUUUCCAUCUUUCAAAAUAUUAAAAGUGAAGAAGGAAGGAGGAUUUUAAAAUAUAGAAGAAGGUGGAGAAAGUAACACGCCUCAAAAAGUGAAGAAGUGUAAAUGAAAAAAUAAAAAUAAAUAAAUAAAAAAUUCUGUUUUCAUUCCACAAAUAUAGAAAAUUGUAAUGAAAAAAUCGUAAAAAAAAGUGAACAACUUUUGAAGAGAUGACGUGUGUAAAAUAUUGAAUUGCUUUAUUGAUUUGCACCCGAAUAAACAAUUUUUGAUUCUGCA